AUGUUCAUGCGCCUUCGCGGUCACACUUGCAAGUACUGUAUGGGCAUAGAGGAACAGCAUUACAAGCGCCACCACGACAUCGCAGAGCGCUUACGCUCCGUCUACGAGAGUUGCGGCGAGGUCGACUGGAAUAUCGUGCCGGGCGAACCCGAGCCAGAAGAACGCGGAAGAGCGAGAGAGCCGGGCGACGAGGACACGCCAUCAUCGAAGCGUGAGAGGAAGGACGCGAAGCGUCUUGCGAGAGGGGCAAGUAGAUCGAGAGUCAUCACCCAGGAGGAAAUCAGAUAUAUCGACUCCGUCGUGCAUUCUGCUGAAGGCAUAACGGGCAAUGACGCUGACGGACCGCAAAAUCCAGAAGAGGAUGAAGAGAUUGAGAGGCAGCUUCGUUACCACGCCCAUGUUUAUAGUACACAGGUCAGCCGGAAGGGGCUUAGGAAGCUCGCCGAGGCUCCUGAAGAUACGCCUGACAUUGGCUUCGAAGCCGGAAUGAAACGCAUCCUGGAGACCUUCCGCAUCAAUAAGCUACUCAGGCGCAACACAAAAACCAAGGGGUUGCAAGGAAAAGAGCUCAAGACAUUUCUAAGUCUCGUCAACGGUUUUAAGCAAGCUGUGCUCGAGGAUAUCGUUCUGGUCAACAAGGACAAUGCUGAAUCGCGCAUGCGGCGAGCUGGCUACCUCAGAUAUACCAACAAGACAUCGUAUGGGAUCGUAGAGAAGAGAUAUACCAAUAAGGACUGGAAGACCGGAGAGAAAUUCGCGUCUAGUUCGAGUGAUGUCAGUGGUGCCAUCUCCCCUGCAGACGAGAUUUGUCCAUCAUCAGGCGAACAGUACGAGAAUCAGUUCCUUCAGCGGCCUGGAAUUGCUCACAGCCCCGACCGUAGACAUCUUGAGAGUAGCCACAAGCGUGUGAAUGGCGACGACGGACUCUACCUUGUGGAUGUCGAGCCUUACAACACUCCGCUGUUAUCCUUACCACCUGUCCCGACCUCUGGCAGGCCGGCUGCCGCGGUCGUGGUGAUCAACGUCAAGGCUUCGGAGCGCGGACCGGCUCCGGUACGUGGUCUGACAAAGGAACCCCUCAACCCGGCCCUCAAUGGCUGGGAGACUGUUACGAACGAAAGUGUACCCACAAUGCAGACGCCAAAGGCACGCUUUUGGGGCAAUAUAUCAAGCAAGCGCCUGGCUCAAACUUCUCCACCGGGGCCGACUCCAUGGUCUUCCGACUCAUCCAACUUCCCCGAUCUCUUAGCCGCGAGAAGCUCGUCUAACGACGUCUAUUCCCAAGCUAAUGCGGUGAAGCCUCCGAUUACCUGGGAUCCCAAGGAACCUGAGAGCUUCGUUAUCGAGACGGAAGACUAUGCCAGUGGCCAUCCCGUGGUGUCACAAAAGAAGAAGGCUAAGAAGGCACGGGAAGCUAAGCGCAAAGCAAAGAAGCAGUCUACAUCAGAGGAGGUCGUCAUCGGGGAUCUCAACAAAGAUGUUAACGAGGAGAUUACCGUCUUAGCUCAAGGUCUUUCUACGCCACCAGAGUUCAAGCUCGACACCGGCGUUCUGGAUAUCGACAAGAAGCUGCAAUCUUACUGGGUGGAUGCCAAAACUGGAGAUAUGACCACUGAGGCAGUAGUAGAGCCAAUUGCUAUAAUUUCCGGACCCAUUAGCGAGGUAUCACCAAUGGUGGUCACAAAGCACGGCAAGCACAUGCACUGGAUUAGGUUUCUGCGCAACUUUGUCGUUGAUCAACUCACCAAUCCAUCUUCGCCAUCAUGGAGUGGUUGCUCACAGAAUACUUCAUGUCAUUUCGAGAAUAACAACGUCCCGGACUGUCCUUUCCACGAGCCUCAUUGUUCGUGUGUCGAUCCUUUGGCGGAUCAGUGCUAUCUAGCGAUGCCUUGUGUUGAGCUGUGUAGUACUGGACCAUUCAACCGCCUCCAUGGGGAGAGGCUGCUAUCACUGUAUGAGAAGAACCAUCGAACCAAGGGCCGCUUGAUGCUCAUCGAUAAUGAAAUGAUCAAUUACUUCAUGGAGGACCCUGCCCGCCGAGCGCGUAAUCACAAUCCAGAAGGAGUGCCUGCUCGUCUGCAGAAGGAGUAUGAUGACGUCAAGAAUGGAUACAGCCCUGGAGCUCUCAUGGCGCAAGAGCUUCGUUUCGAGCGACUCUAUGCUAAGAACGGUUUCAUCAAGCAGGAGCUUACUCAGAGUAUGCUACAGGAUAUUCAGCAAAACGAGUUCAAGCGCCCGGGUACGAAGUACAUGUGCUAUUGUCGUGCCGCCGUAUCGAAGGUGUCACCAGUGAAGGAGACUAUCAUUUGCUCACAUCGCGAUUGCCCCACUCGACACUUUCACAAGUCAUGUGUAAAGAAGCUUGGUGUAGGUAUGGUGUCACGUUGGUAUUGUACCAAAUGUGAGCAGCAGAUGAAGAUUCUCGCGCGUCAGACAUUACGCGAUCUAGGCUACACCGAUAUUUCGCAUGAGGGCCCAUGCAGUUAUCCACAUGGACUUGACGCGGACAAGUUUGAAGAGAUGUUCUAUGGGAAGUUCGAGGAGAUGAUGAACUCGCCCGACAUGGACUAUUUGACACUGCUUCCAGUCGAGCUGAGGAGCAGGGUCAAAGAGAUUGGAGGAUUCUCCGCUAUGCCUGAAGAUAUCCAGCAGUAA